AUGAGCGCUCGCGAUUUCGUAGAAGGUGAGGCUAUGCUGGACGAUGAGGAUAAUGAGAAUGAGGAGGAACAGGAGGAAGACUACGAUGGCGAAGUUCGUGAGGGUGCUGGCACCGGGAAUCGCUACAAUGACUCGAGUGAAGAGGAAGAGGAGGACGAUGAUGAUGAGGAGGCAGCUCGUGCAAUCCGCGAGGGAUUUAUUGUCGAUGAAGACGAAGAAAUCGAAGAACGCGCCGAGCGCAGGCGCGAGAAAAGGAAGCGGCGUCGGGAGGAGCGUGAGCGCGAAGAUGAGCAUCUUGAUGAGGAAGAUUUAGAGCUCAUUGGAGAGUUGAACCCUGCUUUCCAGUCCGCCGCAGCUGCAGAGUCCAAAUUCAAACACCAUCGGCAAGCGUCCCAAGGCAUCGACGACAUCUUCAAUUCGGAUGAAGACGAGGAGGCGGCAGGCGACUAUGGAAGACCGAGUCAUCGCAGACCUAUGCACGAUGAAAUGAAGGACUUUAUCGAGGAAGACGUCUUCACGGAUGAUGAGCUAGAGCGGGAACGAGAGGAUCUGGAGAUCGCCCGUCCGGCGAAGAGGGGCAUCACCGGCCUCGGGGCCACCGACGCAGCUGGCUUGGACGAGAAUGCCCUCGAAGAUAUGCGCGCAGCGUUCGGCGACGGAAACGAAUACCUGUUCGCCCUUGAAAUGGAAGAACAAGAGGAGGAGCAAGAGGAAGACCAGGAGAAGCAUCUGGACCUAAAGGAUGUUUUUGAACCGUCACAACUGGCUGAGAGGAUGUUGACAGAAGAGGACAACCAGAUUCGAUUGUUGGACGAGCCUGAGCGUCAUCAGCUUGCCCGCAAGCCGUAUCGCAACCUCGUUCUGACGGAAGAGCAGUUCCGCGAAGAGGCAGCCUGGAUCUCAAAUCUCAUGCUUCUCAAGAAGCGCAUCGAACCCGAAUUGAGAGAACCGUUCCAGCGGUCCGUAGCCAAAGUGCUAGAGUUCCUCGUGACAGACGACUGGGAGGUUCCUUUCAUUUUCCAGCAUCGCAAGGACUAUAUGAUUCACGCGACCAAGGUUCCUGUGGACGGUGCGCCUGCUGAUGGGGAUACGUCUCAGUACACCAUCAAGGCCGAGAAGCUUUUGAACAUGACGGAUCUCUGGGACAUCUUUGAUCAUGACCUCAAAUUUAGAGCAUUGGUUGAGAAGCGCAAUGCGAUCCAGAAGACAUACGACAAUCUACAGAGCUUAUACAGCGUGAACGAUAGUGUCGUGGAGGAUAUGCUAUCUACGGCCGUUACCAUGGAGGAACUCCAAGAUGUGCAGGACUACGUUCACUUUCAGUAUGCCUCGCAAUUGCGCGAUAUUAACUUGAUGAAUGGGGAGGCCAACGGCGAUACUCAUCGGCGCAAGGCGACUGGCAAGUCCUUCUUUGAGCGUGUCCGCAACGGCAAGGCUUACGGUCUUGUUCGCGCGUUUGGCAUCACAGCAGAUGCUUUCGCGCAGAAUGCUCUGAAGGAGGGUCGUCGCCAGUACACUGAGGAUCCAGCUGAGCGCCCGGAGGAGAUGGCUGACAGCUUCAUUGACAACGAUUUCUCCAAUGCUUCCCAUGUCCUCAAAGCCGCCAAGGCCAUGUUUGCGGAGGAAAUUGUAAUGAGCCCCAAGAUGCGCAAGGUGAUCCGGCAGGCAUACUACAUGAACGGCGCAGUUGACUGCUUCCGAACUGAAAAGGGUCUCAGGAGGAUUGACGAACAGCACCCUUACUACGAAUUCAAGUACCUGAGAAAUCAGCAGCUCAGUGACAUCGCUCGUCAGCCCGAGCUUUAUCUUCGGAUGCUCAAGGCUGAAGAAGAGGGUCUGGUGGAAGUCAAGGUUCGAUUUGAGAAUUUUGAUCAUUUCCGGCAGCGCCUCUACCCGGACAUCGAAUCGGAUAACUACAGUGAAAUUGCUGAUGCUUGGAAUCGUACCCGUCGCGAAGUCCUGGACAUGGCGCUGGGUAAACUGGAGCGGUUGAUCAAUCGCAGCGUCAAGGAAAAUAUCCGUCAGGAGUGCGAGAAUCACGUGGCCAAGGAGUGUCGUGAAGCUUUCUCUCAGCGCUUGGAUCAGGCUCCUUAUAAGCCCAAGGGCAUGGUUCUGGGUACUGUUCCUCGUGUCCUGGCCAUGUCUACUGGUACCGGCAUUGUCGGACGCGACCCCAUCCACUGGGCAUACGUCGAAGAAGACGGUCGCGUGCUGGAGAAUGGCAAGUUUGUGGAUUUGUCAAUAGGUGACCGAGAUCGCAGCAUUCCCGACGGUAAAGAUGUCGAGGCAUUGAUAGAGCUGCUGGAGCGCCGGCGACCAGACGUCAUUGGUGUCUCAGGCAUGUCCCCGGAAACACGCAAGCUGUACAAGCUUCUGACCGAAUUGAUCGAGAAAAAGGAUCUUCGGGGCGCUACGUACACUGAUGAGCGUGAUGAAGAAAUUAGCGAUCCCUUGGAGGUCGUGAUUGUGAAUGACGAAGUGGCGCGGCUCUACCAGCACAGUGAGCGGGCGAAGAAGGAUCAUCCCAGCUUUGGUCCCUUGACGCAUUACUGUGUCGCAUUGGCCAAGUAUCUGCAAAGCCCUCUGAAGGAGUACGCCUCGCUAGGUCGGGAUAUUGUUUCCAUUCAGUUCAAGCGAGGCCAGCAACUGGUUGCUCAGGAGCAGCUCCUGAAACAGCUGGAGACCGCUUUGGUUGAUAUGGUCAACUUGGUGGGUGUUGAUAUCAACGAGGCCGUCACCGAUACUGCGACAGCAAACCUUCUCCCCUAUGCGGCCCACCUACUCAAGAUUGUCAACAUGAACGGCGGUGUGGUCAAUAACCGCGUUGAGCUAUUGGGUGUCAAUGCGCAGUAUCCGGCUAUGGGCGUGAAGGUCUGGAACAAUUGCGCCAGCUUCAUGUUCAUUGACUUUGAAAAUGCCGACCCGGAUGCUGACCCGUUGGACAACACCCGAGUGCACCCAGAAGACUACGAUAUUGCGCGCAAAAUGGCAGCCGAUGCCUUGGAACUGGACGAGGAGGACAUCAAGGCAGAAACGGAUGAGAAUGGACCCGGCGCUAUCGUGCGGAAGCUCUUCCGGGAUGAAGCGCAGGACAGGGUCAACGACCUGAUCCUGGAAGAGUAUGCGGAACAGCUGGAAAAGAACCUCAACCAGCGGAAACGAGCGACACUGGAGACGAUCCGCGCCGAAUUGCAACAGCCGUAUGAGGAAUUGCGCAAGCAAUUCGCCUUGCUCAGCACUGACGAUGUUUUCACCAUGCUCACGGGCGAGACGUCGGACACCCUGGCCGAGGGCAUGGUGGUACCCAUGUCGAUCAAGCGCAUCACGGAUGACCACAUUGACGGCAAGCUCGAUUGCGGCGUUGACGUGCUGGUGCCAGAGUCGGAGCUUACCGAUCGCUACGACAUCCCGGUACGGGCUCUCUACUCGCUACACCAGACGCUCCCAGCCAAGGUGCUGUUCUUAAACAAGAAGAGCUUCUUGUGCAAUGUUUCGCUUCGCGAGGAGCAAGUCAGUCGACCAGCGCCCAGACCUCGCGACCACAUGCGUGGCGAAUGGGACGAUCGGCAGGAGGCAAAAGACCGGGAGAUGCUGCAGGAGAAGACGCAGAGCGGAGGGCGCGUCAUGCGUGUCAUCAAGCAUCCUCUGUUCCGAACGUUCAACUCCACACAGGCGGAAGAGUUCCUGGGAUCGCAGAGCCGUGGUGAUGUGGUGAUCCGGCCAUCAUCUAAGGGACCGGACCAUCUGGCCGUCACCUGGAAGGUGGCCGACGGCAUCUUCCAGCAUAUCGAUGUUCUGGAACUCGACAAGGAGAAUGAGUUCUCCGUAGGUCGUACGCUAAAGGUUGGCGGUCGUUACACCUACAGCGACUUGGACGACUUGAUCUUCAACCAUGUCAAGGCGAUGGCCAAGAAGGUGGACGAGAUGAUGCUGCAUGAGAAGUACCAGGAAGGCAGCAAGGAUGCCACCUACUCUUGGUUGAACACCUAUACCAAGGCGAACCCCAGACGAUCUGCAUAUGCCUUCUGUAUCGACCCCAAGCACCCGGGAUACUUUUUGCUGUGUUUCAAGGCUGGUGAGAAUGCCCAGCUCCACAGCUGGCCGGUCAAGGUCAUCCCUCAAGGCUAUGAGUUGCAGCGUAACCCGUACCCGGACAUGCGCGCGCUGUGCAAUGGGUUCAAGCUACUGUUUACCAAUAUGCAGGCCGGCAAGCGACGAUGA